GAACUUGUGAAAUAAUAAAGUGAAAGUUAACAUUAAGUAUAAAUAAUUGACUGUUAACUAAAUUGUGAAAAAUGGCCGUGGCUUUUUACAUACCAGAUCAGGCUACUUUACUGCGUAAAGCCAAGCAACAGGAGCAGCAGAUACAACGUAUGCGUGAAGCCCAGUGGAAAUUCAUUGCAAGCAUCAUUUUGGAUGCGCUUCAGCAGUGCAUCGGUUCCUCGCCUUACUGUGUACUAGGACGCAGCAGCAGCAGUGUGCGAAAGAAUUGCAGGGAUAAAUUGAAGAAGUUCGGAAAUUAAUGAAUUUAAUCUUACAAUAAACUCCGUUUCCAAAAAGACUUAAAAGUACAAAAAUAGUUAAAAUAAACAACAACUCUAAAUCUUCAACUUCAAAGAUUCUCAUCAACUACAAGUUACUAAGCUACUAAAUACUGUUACCAAGCCAUGCAGUUGUAUUCCAGAUUAAUACAUUGAUCUCCAGUCCGUAUAUAUCGCAAAUAAAAAUGCCAAUUACUCAACUCUUCAAAAGUUCAACGACCUCACAGUUGCCGCCGCUACAGCGCCCACAUGACUUACUAAUUUGUUUAAAAAAAUAAAUUUUUUUUUCUUCAUUUCACAACAAAAUGCAAAUUAAAUGUUAAUUUUAAGAUAUUUUUGGCAAUUGAAUUCAUUUUUAAACAAUUUUGACAAAAAAAAAUUUUCAUAACUUCUUACUUUUUACUCAUCAAAGCGAUUGUGAUAAUGGUUUUGUUUCUAUAAUAAGCAACAAAUAAAUUUUUUAUAAAUGUAUUGUAAUUAUUAAGUUAAACAGA